AUGGACAGUCGGUGGAAGCGAGAGUGCCAGUGGUACGCGUGUAUUAAUACUCCACUGCGUAAUACAAGAAGUCCCAUUAGCGAAGGCCGCCGCAAAGACCAUGGGAUUGUCAGUCCGCCGACCAUGGAGAGCACCACGCAGGGCAAAACUCAGUGUGAGCAGUCGCCACUUGUUUCCGGCAUAUUGUUUUGCCUACUGGAAUGCACUCCGAAUGACCUCUGUUUCCCCUCAACAGAGCUCGUGGCGUCGUCCCAUGUCGGAAUCUCUGUUCCCCCGCACGGCGUGUGGUGGGUUCAAGUGGCGGUGAUUCGCCGGAGGACAGCGCUCCCCGAUGCGGAUGCACGUGAGGGCCCAUGA